ACAAGUAAAAACAUUCCACAGAUAUUUAUCCAAGUCAAGAUUGCAGAAUGGCUUUAACAAAACUUUCUUAUUUGAAAGCACAUUUGCAAUACAGACAUGGUAGGGAUAGAAUAGUCAACAGGGGUCAGGAUGCCAUUGAUAAUUGUAGUCAACUUCCUUCCCAGUCAUCAAACUUUCAUCAACACCCUAUCAUUUGUACAGUAGAAAAGCCUUACAAAUGUGACAAGUGUAAUAAAUCUUUACGAAGCCGUUUUACAUUAAGCAGACACAUUAGAAUCCAUUUAGAAGAAAAGCCUUACAAAUGUGAUCAGUGUAAUAAAUCAUUUCGAAGUGGUGUUACAUUAAGCAAACACCUUAGGAUUCAUUUAGGAGAAAAGCCUUACAAAUGUGACCAGUGUAAUAAAUCUUAUCUUAGCCAUGAUACAUUAAGCAGACACCUUAAAGUUCAUAUUGAAAAAAAGCCUUACAAUUGUGAGAGCUGUGGUCAAUGUUUUAGAACAUUUGCACAGCUAAAGAAACACUGUAUAAUUCAUACAGGAGAAAAACCUUAUAAAUGUGACAAAUGUGGUCAAUGUUUUACAACACUUACACAGUUACAAAUACAUCAUAGAAUUCUUACAGGAGAUAAACAUUACAAGUGUGACAUAUGUGGUAAAAUUUUUAGAAAGCAGUGGGAUUUAAAACAACACCUUGGAAUUCAUAAAGGAGAAAAGCCUUACAAGUGUGACAAAUGUGAUAAAUGCUUUACAAAUUUUAGCAACUUAAGGAAGCACAGUAGAAUUCAUACCGGAGAAAAACCUUACAAGUGUGACUUAUGUGGUAAAUGUUUUAGACAUAUAUGGCAUUUACAACAACACUUUAGAAUUCAUACAGGAGAAAAACCAUACAAGUGUGACUUAUGUGGUAAUUGUUUUAGACAGAUAUGGCAUUUACAACUACACCUCAGAAUUCAUUCGGGAGAAAAGCUUUAUAAGUGUGACAAAUGUGAUAAAUGUUUUACAAAUUUGGGCAACUUGAGGAACCACCAUAGAAUUCAUACAGGAGAAAAACCUUGCAAGUGUGACUUAUGUGGUAAAUGUUUUACCAAGCAAUGGGAGGUACAACGACACCUUAGAAUUCAUACAGGAGCAAAACCUUACAAGUGUGACAAAUUCGAUAAAUGCUCUACAAGUUUUGGCAACUUGUGGAUGCACUAUAGAAUUCAUACAGGAGAAAAUCCUUUCAUGUAUGAUCAGUGAAGUAAUUGUUUCACCCAACUUGGUAUUUUACAGAAACAUCUUAGAAUGCCUACAGAAGAAAUGUUUUAACUGUGGUAUUAUAAAUGUUUAGCACAAAAUUAUACUGUACUUAAACAUCACA